AUGGGAGUGCAAGGGUUGGAAGAGUGUUGGAAACGGAGCAGCUGGAGGGAGAGCUGGUCAAGGGGUGCAGAGGUAUCAGGAAGGUCUGUUUCCUUGGCCAGGCUUGAAAAGAAUGGGGUGGCCGUCUGGAGCCUCUCGGGGUCCGGGCCACCACCGGCGCUGGGGACUUGCGCGGCCGGCCGGCGCCGGAAGCGGGCGGGAGGGCCGAGGCCGCCGUCCUCCCCAUCCUCUCCCGCUCCCCCUGCCGGGAGCCACAGCUCUGUGCCGGCGGGGGAACCGGUGAGCGGCCAUCUCUGGGCCCCACGUGGGCAGUGCCGCCGCCCCCGUCCCCGGGGCUGGACGUGGCGCCCCCCCGCGGCGGCCGGAGGCUGGGGCCCUGAUGUCACGGCGCGGCGCCGGGCUUCCCGCCGCGCGUCCCGGCCGGGAGCGCAGGUACGCGACGAGGCGGGGCGCCUGGCAGUGCGGGCCGGGCUGCGGGGAACGGGGUGCCGCGCGGUCCCGAGGUGCUGGACGCGGCGCCGAGUCCGGGCCGCGCGAGCGGGGUCGGGGUCUGCGCUCCCAGAGGGCUCGGGGCCCCGCCGGACGGCCGGGCUGCGGGGGGCGCUCCGGAGGUCCUCCCAACGCGACCCCCGGUCGCGCCCUUCGGCCCUCCCAUCGCGCUGUCCCCUACUGUCACCUCUUUCCCCGACGGUGAACCCAGCCCGAAAGGCCGAGAAGUGCCCCGCGCAGCGGCCAUCCGCCCUCCUGGCGGCCCCAGGCCCUGCUGUCCCGCCGCCCCGCGUGCCUCUACCGCCCCCUGCGGUGGCCAGGCCGGAGCCCCUCCCCUCCCUCGGCCGCCUUGCCUCUCAGAGCUUGAAGCCCCAGGUAUGUGGUCCUCCUCACCCCGUACGUAUGCGGCCAGCAUCUCGAAUUUUCUGCGCGCGCAGCACAGAGCGAGAGCCUCUGGACACUCUUGCAUGUGGGCUGGAGCGAUGCUGCACGGGGUGCGGGACCAGCGCAACCUGGCUGUCCACGUUGGAGGAGCCAGCAGGCUGUCCUGACCCUCACCCAGAGCUCCUUAACCCUCAUGCUGUGUUCCACCAGGCCCCACGGAGCUGGCCAGCCUCAGCAUUCGCCCAUGGAGGCCCUGGGUCCUGGGGAUGUCCGCACCUCCCCAGCCUCGUCCACUCGCAGCUUGGAUCUGCGGCGGCUGUCUGCACGCGCCGACUCGGCCUACAGCUCCUUCUCCGCAGCCUCUGGUGGUCCCGAGCCACACACGCUGUCACCUGGGACCGGUGUCCUUGCUUACCUCCACUGGGAGAACGUGCGCGUGGUGUGGGGCGGCCCGGCCCCCGCCGCGCCCACCGCUGCCCUGCACACAUCCCCGCAGCCCCGGCCCGCAGCCGCGGUACGCAGUGGGCCGCGACCCCCAGAAGUCCGGAGGACCCCCGGGCCGCUCAGCCGGCAGACCACCCCGCUGCUGUACCCGCUGACCGCGGAGGCGAAGACUGCAGCGCGGGCCACCGAGCCACCCAGGCCACCGGCCUGACGGGCCGCCUACCGCCAGCGGCUGCAGGGAGCGCAGCGGCGAGUGCUCCGGGAGACGUCCUUCCAGCGCAAGGAGCUCCGCAUGAGCCCGCCAGCCCGCCGGCGGCCCUCCGCACCCGCACGGCCCCCGGCGGCGCACCCGCGCUCCGCAUCGCUCAGCCACCCGGGCGGGGAAGUGGAAUCGGCGUGCUCUGGGGCUUCCGCGCCACAAACUGCACCAAGAGCUUCCUUCCUGGUCACUGUGGUCAGUAUGGGGUCCCUGCUUCCAGAGUCCUAAAUCAGAAGGAAGCUGCAGUGGCAUGUCCUGCAGAGGGCCUCCAGAGCAGUCCUGCGCGUGUGCGGAGGGUCUCAGAGAGCUGUAUGGUGUCUGCCCGGCCCCCAUCCCUUCCUGAUAAUGAAGUUUUCCUGGAAGAAGCCCCGCUGGUCAGGAUGAGGUCACUUCCAGACUCUCAUGUGCCCCCAGAGCUCCCAACCAAUGUACAUGCCUCUGACCAGCAGUAUGGAGCUGGCUUGGGCCAACGAGCUGACCAUGCUGCAGUCCCCCAAGAGUGCUCCCUCAACGAACACCCAGAGAUUGCAGUGAUAGAUGACUGCUGGCAGGGGAUAGAUGGUUCUGUGGGUGUCUCCAGGUUCUGGUAUAGCCCCCCAGGAACUGCAAAUGGUGACAUCCCAACCUUUGACCCCACUGGACUGCUAACUACUGACCCCCACACAGCUGCAGAGAAUGAGCCUUUCAAAUCUUUCCCAGUUGAUACCCUGGGACCUCCAGGCAAUGAUUCCCCAGAGACUCCCUCCCACAUUGCUCUAGCUUGGGGCACUGGCCAGCCUGGUUCCAGGUCAACAUGGUCCAGUCCGCGCCUCAAGGAACUGGUUCAGGAGCUGGCCGGACUGGAUCCCUCUCUGAGUGACACUAUUAACUCCUAUCCCAGCCCAGAGCCACCUGUGGGGCUUCUGGAUGGGCUGAUUCCUUUAACUGAGGUCAGGGCUGCAAUGAAGCCAGAUUGUGGGGAGAUUGGAGAGGAGGCUGCUGGUCCUUCCGAGGCAGGCUAUCUCUUUUGCUCCACCCAGCUCCUGCCAACCUCUCAGGAGGAGACAAGGCCUGAAAACCUUAGUACCCACCCUGUGCCUGACCAGCCAUGUGGCCAGGGUCUCCCUGAGCCAAGUAACAGCAUCCAAGUCAAGAAAGUGGAGCUAGCUCACCUCCUCCAAAAGAUGCUGCAGGUCCUUCAGGCUGAGCAGGAACAGCUGCAGGGGGCGGCCCAGGAGUGGGCCAGGCGUGGGGCUGCUCUGGAGGCUGCAGUGGGCCAGGCCUGUGCACCCCAUGAGCUAGAGCAGUUCAGCGAGUUCAUGGCUGACCUAGAGCGGGUGCUUGGCCUCCUUCUGCUGCUUGGCAGUCGCCUGGACCGCGUGCGCAGUGCCCUGGCUCGGGCUGUUGCAGACUGUGACCCUGAUGAACAGGCCUCUCUCCUGCAGCGACUGGGGCUCCUGGAGCAGCAGCAGGAAGAUGCCAAGGAGCUGAAGAGGCAUGUGGCACAGCGUGAGCGGGCCCUGCGGGAGGUGCUGGUGCAGGCCCUCUCAGCUGCAGAGCUGCACGCCUACAGUGCCCUGCUGGCGGGCAAGGCCGCGGUCCUGGCCCAGCAGCGCAGCCUGGACGAGCGGGUCCGACUCCUUCAGGAUCAACUGGACACCGUCAGGAGCAACCUUAGCCAUCCUCCCCCACCCCACAGGCCCACCUGGCCCCCAGGAACCCGCCCUUCCAAUAAACCUCCCUCCUCCCCAGCUCCCCUCACCUAGUUACAGGCCAUGGAGGUGGGGAGCAUGGCGCCUGCCUCUUACCAACAUGACUGGGACAGACGCUGGUUUCCUGGCUCUUUUCCCUCAGGGAAGGGGAAGACCCAGGCUUGGCCUUCCCAGAAUGCUUCUUCCAGGUGUUCUCCUGUGGCUCCACCUAGGUCUUACGGAUUAUUUGGUAAUUAAUUUAUGGAUUUAAAAACUAGUAUUUCCCCUUUUUGUGAUGAGAGGCCUGGUCAGGGUUGGUUGGAGGGAAUGAAGUCAGAGUUGUAUUUCAAUUUAAGUUGCAAAAUGACCUUUUCUUCUCUCUCAGUAAUGUGAAAAGAUCUGAAGCUAUCUUGUUUACAAACUAUAGAUCCAAACUGUGCCUGACUAGAGCAGAAGAGGGAUGGCAGUUGCUAGGAAGACUGGAGAGAAUAGGCCUGAAGACAGGAGGAAUCGGGGGGAUGCUGGGCCCUCAACGCUACUGCCCCCAUGCCCCAAUUCCUAACUGUUUCAGUGACUGUCACACAACAGAAGCCUAGGCCUGGUUGGCUGAGUCCAGUUCUCCUUUGCUGUUCUUACCCAAGCCCACAGCCCCACAGUGGAAGUAGGGUACUGCUUCCCUUCAAGACUCCAGGGAUAGAGAAUUUCCCCAAAUGGAAAACAGGUUCAGUUACUUUGCUGCCUAAUAACCCUGACAAAUGUCCAGUACACUUGGAUUUUCCAGUACAUUCUUUCCAAGACCCAGAAAGAACUUUCUUCCUCUUUCAAUUAUGUUAUGAAAACCGAGUUUAUCCAACUCUCCUUUGGAAACCCCACUGGGUCCCCCAGGCUUGAGGAGGCAGUUGGGGCUGGGAGCUGAAGCUCAGGCUUAGGGGACUUGGAGGCCUACCAUGCAGGGGAUGAGAACCUGGAGAGGCAGCUCCACUUGUGUGCUAGAGAUGCUGAUCUGGGGACGGGCUAGGGUUGGGAGUCAGGAAUUAGGGACUGGAGUGGUAUGAACAUAAGACUCAUACUCCCCUUUAUUUGUGCAUCAGCCCUGUGUACACAGAAUCAAUGUUAAGUUCUCAAAUAUGCAUGUGAAAAUCUGCUUUAGUAUUUGUAGCUGCAAGUCUAGGGACAAGAACGUUGUUCAUGCAAAUGUUCAGUGUAUUUUUGGAAGUCGGUCACAUUAAAAGGCAUGUGUAUGUGUAUUUAAAGCCAACUGACCCCAAAAUGAGAAAUCUCUUGCUUCUGGGUUUGUUUUCUGAAAUGUAUUGUCAGUAAAUGCAACUAGUUGGGAAUUUUAAAUGGUCGUAUUCAUACCAAAAGCAUUAGUUCUAACAGUCGGACUAUUGAGCACAGAACAAUGCUCACAUUGUUCCUUUUUAUGGAAAACAUAUGGGGCUCCUGCUGAGGCAGUUGCAGGUUCUA